ACAGAACGCUCCAGAGGACAUGGUGCAGGAGGUGACCGAGGAGAUUGCCUGCUCUCCUUCCUCCAAGGACAAGAAGCCGCACAGGGCCAACAGAGUCUGGCGCUGGCUCAGGGGGGAAAAUGGCUCAACCAGGAAGAGGACGAGGACCUCACUGCUGAUGGCGGAGCGGGCCGACAAGCUGGAGGCCGCCAUUGAUCACCUGGUGCCUGCCGUCCUCAGACAAGAUCUACACUGUGUCCACACCUUUCUGGACACAUACGACACCUUUGCCAGCACCGAGGAGGUGCUGGACCAACUAUGUGCAAGGUGAGCACCCUCCCC